AAUUUCGGGCUUAAUCGUGUUGUGUAGUGCUAAUAGUGAAUCAGUGUACAAUGGAUAAGCUAUGACGCACCCGUCGCAUCAAACGAACGGCGCCAGUUUAGAGGAUUGCCACACAAAUUUCUUUGCUCUGACUGAUCUUUGCGGCAUCAAAUGGAGAAAGCUUGUCUAUGGUGAAACCACUACAAGCUUUGGGGGUACUCCCCUUGAAGAUCCAAUAUUGUCGAGCUUCUCCCGCUGUCUGGCGGGAGAUAUUCUUUGCGUAUGGCGGAGAGUGGCUGCCUCACCGACAACUGGUCCAGGAUCUGGAACAGGUGGCGGCAUUUUUGACAUGGGCAUCACAACAUCACCAGCGCCACCGCCACUUUCCUUAAAUGCCGCCAAGGAACUGUGGAUAUUUUGGUACGGAGAAGAGCCUGAACUGAGUGGUUUAGUUUCUUCGGAACUCCUAAGUUGUGAUAGUGAACAAGGAUCUUGGGAAAGUGGCUUAUCAUACGAGUGUCGGUCCCUUCUCUUCAAAGCUCUACACAACUUGAUUGAACGAUGCCUCUUAUCUCGAGAUUUUAUUCGUCUUGGGAAGUGGUUUGUGCAACCGUACGAUGGUUUUGAAAAACAUCGUUGUAAUAGUACUCAUUUGUCCUUCGCAUUUGCAUUCUUUGUUCAUGGAGAGAGUACUGUGUGUGCAAGUGUAGAUGUCAGACAACAUCCUGCUGUACGACACUUAACCAGAGCCUGUUUACAUCGUGCUCAAACAUCACAAUCUGCUGUUAAAGUAAUUCUAGCACCUUAUGGACUCGCUGGCACUUUGACUGGCCAAGUGAGUCGAGUGGAUAGUCAACUUUUGGAAGAGUGGAAACAUUUUUAUCCGAUUAAUGGCUGUUCGCAAGAAUCUGGUUUGCCUCCAUUGGUCGAAGUUCUCGUCGGUGGUGUGCGGAUGCGUUAUCCUUCUUGUUACGUUUUAGUUACUGAUUUGGACGAAGUACUUGUUGACAGUCCCUUGUCACCUCCAAGCAGUCCCACUGGUUACGAUCACUCUCUUCUGACUCAACGUAUUUUAAAGCCGGCUACUGAACUACCCGAACGCGUUUGGGCUGAAUGUAUUUUAGACACUCCAAUAUCAUCUUCCAAAUGUUCCGAUUCUUCCUUAGAAGUAGGCACAUGGACAUUUGUUGACCCUACUCAAAAGUCUUCCUGCACUUGUUCCAAGAUUGUUCUCAAUAGAAUGGAAACACCAAAUACUCCAACCGGAGGUCCGCCAUCAUACUCUAGGGGUCCUCCGACCGGUGGAGAUUGUUUGCCUGUCCCCUCAGUGGGAUCACCGGGAUCUCCAGUUCCGUCACCUCUUCCAACGCCACACUCUGAACCAGCUUCAGUGCCACCAGCAGAUCCAGUGAUGCCAACUCUCAGCCCACAACCGCCUCCUAGUCAUACGAAUACUGGCCCACCUCUUACACCUCUGCAAGGUCCUAAAUCGACUCUGUCGACUUGCGUCAAUCAGGUGUUCAGUCCGGUUCCAGGACCGACUCUCAAGAGACCCAUUUUGUCGUCUAAAGAAUACGAGGGCGCCCUUAUGGAGGAGGAGCAACCCCUCGCUUGGCUGUAUGACUAUUCAACUCAGGAAGCCUGGCUUAAUCACCCCGUUAAACGAUUUAAAGGACUCUCUACGCUACCCGUAAACAGUCGCAAUAACAAUUUGUAUCCGCCAAUGGUGUGCCAACUCCUGCAACCUCAAACAACACAAAUGGAAAUCAAGCAAGAACCUCCAAAUAAUUCGGAUGCUGCUAAUAGUGGUGGAAGACCAGAUCCGUAUGAAUUUGAUGCAGCAGGAGAUGAAAAUGGUGGUUCAGUCGAUGGACUAAAAAGGCCGCGGGACGAUCCUCCGAAACCUGGAUCCCUUUUCACUAACGAAGGACUUCAAGCAUCUUACAAAGAUUUAGAUCAAAUUUUCGACAACUCUGAUCCUGAUACUUCUAGUGAUGAGACUAAUUUAAAUCAACUACAGAUACAAACACCGCCUGGGUCCAAUAAAUCAGGUGGCUUGCAUGAGGAAUCAAAAUUGGAUAGCAUAAACAAACACAACAAUCGAAACGUGAGUGUUCUGAGACCAGAAGAGUUGUCAAAAAUGUUCCCCACUCCACCCUCCCUGGAGCACAAUCCGGUGGCAUCGCCCUGCCAGUUGAGUGACAUGCCCCUGGAUCAAUCGGAACUAUCUACCUCUCAAAGGUCCUUCAGGCACCUUCCAGACAUUUAUCCCAACAUGGGAUCUCCACCUGAAGAGCCGAUUGAUGAUUGGUCGUACGUCUUCAAGCCGGCUACAAUUUGCAAACUCGUUGGCUCCUCGAAAUACGCUCCUCUCACCAACUUGCCGAGCCAAGCUCUUUCGCCCAUCUCACUGCCAUCGCAUUGCGUCUACAGACCUUCUUGGCAAUGCAAUGCAACGUCCAAUAUUUCCGAGAAAACAACACCACCCACUAGGCCGAGUUCAGUGCAACAAUUGCUGUGCCCACCGAGUCCAGCACCGGCGGGCACUCCCUACCGAGGCGGACACAACGUUACCAUGUCGGGCAGGCAACCGCCUCCACCACCACCUCCGCCUCCUCCACCUCCGCCGCCACCACCCUACGACCAACCCAGCCCCGCCACUUCCACCACGUCCUCCUAUCUCAACAAGAAUCCAAACAGCAUCGAGGCCGACACUCCUGGACCCAUCCGCGUGCCCGAAUCAAAUUCCCUCGUCGUCAACAUUCUCCUUGGCGACACGGCCCUCAACAUCUUUCGGGACCACAACUUCGACAGUUGCAGUCUGUGCGUCUGCAAUGCCAGUCCCAAGGUGGUGGGCAACAUCAAGGGCGCUGACGCUGGCACCUACUUGGCGAGUUCCUGGUCAGCAAACAACAGCUUCUUUCAAGAGGACGAUCAAAUUCGUUGUAGUUGCGGUUUCAGUGCAGUUGUUAAUCGACGACUGUCUCAUAAAGCUGGACUCUUCUAUGAAGACGAAAUGGAAAUAACGGGAAUUGCCGAGGAUCCCGCCGAGAAGAAGAAGGGCUCCCUCGCCCCCUUCUCCUGCAAUGGCAGUAAGAUACCCGAAGCUCUGGAUUCAUUGCCGCCCGAUAUUUUGGAUCUGCUGAGAGAUCAGUGUUUAAUUGUUGAAAGCUCAGCCAGUAGUUUGUAUAGGGCGUCAAGAAUUUACGCCAUGACAAAGAGUUAUCCCGCUUGGCUACCCACAGUGAAUGUGUUAGAGUUCAAUGAUGGAAACGAGGUUUCCCUGACGGCAUUAGACCAAGGCAAAAUGGACGGCACUCACAACGAGCGAAUCAAUCGUAACAGCGGCGUACAUCAGUGGGCUUUCCUGCGCGCGAAGGGGCCGCAGUGCAGUGGGGACAUUGUUCGGAUGAUGAGGGUGCUUCAGCCGCUCUUGCAGGAAGCGGUGCAGAAGAAGUGCACCACUCGCAUGUGGGAAGCGCCGUACACUGUUACGGGGCCACUUACCUGGAGGCAGUUCCAUCGUCUGGCUGGCAGAGGUACUGACGAUCGCUGCGAGCCGCAACCCAUCCCGGCUUUGGUCGUCGGCUACGACAGAGAUUGGCUUUCACUUUCACCGUACGCUCUCAGUUAUUGGGAAAAGCUUCUACUGGAACCAUACGCCGGGUCUAGAGAUGUAGCGUACGUCAUAUUAGCGCCUGACAAUGAAUGUGUUAUCAAGAAAGUUAAAACAUUCUUUCGUGAACUUUCUACUACUUAUGAGAUUUGUCGUUUGGGAAGGCACACUCCUAUUUCAAAAGCUUCACGAGAUGGUAUUCUUCGAGUAGGAAAAUCAGUAACUGAAAAAUUCUCCAAACAACCUGUCGACGACUGGUUCAAAUUAUUAGGUGAAAAUCAAAUAGGAGAAUUGUUACGGCUCUACGCUACAGUUUGUAAUCAUCGUUUAGCUCCAUAUUUGACUCAAGUCAUUCAGGAUCGAAGUUUGUUAGACACUGGAGAUAAUCAUUCUAAUAAACAGCAGCAACUUCAGUCUCAAUCGCAAACUCAACAGCAGCAUCAGCAACAACCACAGCAACAGCACGCAACAACUGCGCCAGCAGAAAAUAUGCCCGUUACUCCUGAUGGAACGCUCAGUAAGCCUGAAUCUAUUGAAGGAGAAAAUGCACGCAGUGAAACUCCGAAUGCAACUCCGAAUGCAAAUUCAACAAUAGGCAACACAACGCCAACUUCUGUAAAUACGUCCACUGCUGCUUCUGCAACAAUUGGCCCUGAUGACGAGCAAAUUGAACCUCCAUCUAUUGUUGUUUACUUAGUUGAUCCAUUUUCUCUCGGCGGCACCGAAAAUGUUGAUCGUCGAAGGCUUGCAAUUUUAGCUUUACUACGAGCAUACUCUGCUGCAGUUCGGAGUAUGCCAGAAAACAUUAGAUCAAAUAUUAACGUUCAGUUAAUAUCCUUAGAAAGUGUAAUGGAAUUGGGCCGAGCUCGUGAAAAACUAAAAAUCCAGGAGGAAAUGCGAGCCCUAGCUUUAACUGUCUUCUUGCAAGGUCGGCGUCUUCUCAAUCAUAAUUCAACUGUUAAAAGUCUUACUGGUUUCGGCACUGCGGCCGCUGCCGAUCUUUUCCUAAAAAGUAAAGAUUCACUUAGUAAUUCUAUUGCCACUCUACAUCAGGAACGAAAUAAAUCACCCUAUCGACUGUACGCACCGGCAUAUGUUCUCGCACCGCUGAGAGCAAAAAGCGAGGCACCGGAAUCUUUUGGAAUUGCUGGCCCUGAAGAAUGUGCUGUGCUUUAUUUGAGCUACUGUUUGAGCGAAGAUCAAUCAUUGUUAUUGGCUGUUGCAACGGACGAUCGUGGAGAAAUAUUCGAAAACACCGCCAUUAACAUUGACGUUCCAAAUCGAAAAAGAAGAAAACGUGCUUCCGCAAGACGUAUUGGUCUGCAAAAACUGAUGGACUUCAUUCUUGGUGUUAUGUCACAGGGGGUCCAACCGUGGCGAUUGGUUGUGGGAAGAAUAGGUCGCAUAGGACAUGGUGAAUUAAAAGGUUGGAGUUGGUUGCUUUCGAGGAAAUCUCUUCUGAAGGCCUCGAAACAUUUAAAGGAAAUUUGCGGACAAUGCAGUCUUUUAUAUCCUACCGCAGCUCCAUGUGUUCUUAGUGCUUGCUUAGUGUCAUUAGAGCCGGAUUCAACUCUGAGAUUAAUGGCCGAUCAGUUUACUCCUGACGAACGAUUUAGUCAGGCAUCGGUUAACUGUCAGUUAUCUACUCCGCAAGAUGUAACGUGUACUCAUAUUCUUGUUUUUCCAACUUCAGCUACUACUCAAUCUUCUCAAACUGCAUUCCAAGAGCAACAUAUUAAUGGUCCAGAACUUGGAGAUGAAGAGUUAUUCUCCGCAUUGAAUGACGAUAUGCCAGAAGGGAUGGAGGGAAUGGGAGACUUUAAUGAUAUAUUUAACGUGUGGCCGGAAGCUGGUGCUGGUGGAGGUCCGAGUCCAAGUGGAAGUCCUCAUCGUCAGGAAGAGUCGCCACUCGGUGGUGAAGGUGGGGGUUCUGGAUUAGGAAAUCAUGACGGUCCUGGUAGUCCAUUUCAGUGCAACACACCAAGAGUCACAGCAUCUGAGCAAGCGGAAGAAGUUGGUACACUUUUACAGCAGCCUUUGGCUCUUGGAUACUUGGUUUCAACGGCUCCAACUGGUAGUAUGCCUUCUUGGUUUUGGGCAGCGUGCCCUCAUUUGGAAGGAGUUUGUCCAGUAUUUUUGAAAAAUGCGCUUCAUCUACAUAGUCCUGCAAUUCAACAGAAUAGUGACGAUUUGUUACAACAACAAAGUGCUCUAACUGCUCAUCCACUUGAUUCACAAUAUACCACCGAUGUAUUAAGAUACGUAUUAGAAGGGUACAAUGCACUUUCUUGGUUAGCAGUGGAUGCAAACACGAAGGAUAGACUUUCAUGUUUGCCUGUUCACGUUCAAGCACUAAUGAAACUCUAUCACACAGCAGCAGCUCUCGUCUGACCAACAAUGUCUUUUGAUGUUGCGCAAGAUGCGCACUUUUCUCAUGCACUUAUUAUUGUUCCGUCACUUGGGGCUUUGCGAGAGAAGUUUAUUUCAUACGCCUCAUCUUUACCGUCAUUUUGACCAUAGAGAUUAUAAUAAAAAUACUGAACGUUUAUUGAUAGUCCACAUGAGUAAUUUAUCAUUAUUGUACUACUGUAUCAUCGAAAGUGGUUAAUAGACUUCGAAAUGCAGCAAUCAAAGCACAGCUCAUUUCUGUAAAACAUUUCUUACCCACACAAUUAGAAUAGGUUAAACAAUUUUUUUUUAAAUAAUUGUUAACGUAAAUUACGUUAAAAAAAGCAAUUAGUAAAUGUCAAAAAAAAACCUUGUAAAAUGAAUGGGUAGGAACGUGACGAGAAAUCGUUUCUCUCAAAAUAUUGUAUGUAUGUAUGGUACGUAUGGAUAACUGUGGGUGUGAUUUUGAAUUCGCAUUAGGCUCUCUUACAGUAGAUAGAUGAAUUGAACAUCAGAUUUUAAGGUGUUUAUGUAUCCAAAUGUUUUUAAUUGUAUAUUAGAUUUUGUAAAAAGUUUUUAUGAUUACUAGUGUUCCAAUCAAUAUGAUAAUGAUCUUACAUUACUCGAAAUAAUCUAUAAAUGAUAUAAACUUAUAGUAGUUUUCUUUUUUUAAUGAAUGCAAGCCUCGUACAAGCCCCUGGUGAUAAGUAUAAUUAUGAUUAAUAAGUAAUACGCGUGCACAGUAUUGGGUCUGCGUUAUGUUUCUUAGAUCCGUACUGUUACUUUCUCAAUGAAGUUGAAGAAAUUCUAUUAAAAUCCAGUAACGUCAUAUAUCCAUUAUAGUGUAAAAUAUUGUUUUUAAAUAAUUUAUCAAGUGAAUUGUCACUGAGAUUAGGUAAUUAUGUAUUAAGCGGACUGAACGGAAGAAAGAGAGGCGAUGAGGGCACAAAAAGUCAAGUAGAUCAGUAAGAGUUAAAAAAAUAAAUAGGAAGAAAAUCGCGAAAGGAGAGAGCGAGAGAGAGAGAGAAAAGUGCGUCUGCUUGAAAGCCUAGGUGGCCAAUUGCGUCAGUUGCAUAGUACAAAGUUGACUUGUACAUAGGAACCUUUUAAGCCCCAUUAGUUAAUUUACUCACAUUCACCCUCACUCACUCACUCUGUAUCUAUAGUAUUUAUUACUUGGGUAGUACUUCAUUAUUGGGAUUAUAUUACUAUUAUUAUUAUAUUAAUAUUACAAAAUACAAUUUUACGUGUAUAUAUUUA